AUGGACAUCGGCGCGCACUGCAGCGUGCCCGCUUGCCACCAGCAGGACUUCCUGCCCUUCACGUGCGACUGCUGCAGCGGCGUCUUCUGCCUGGAGCACCGCAGCUACGACGCGCACGAGUGCCCCAAGGCCGGCAGCCACGACCGCCGCGUCGUGCAGUGCCCCGUGUGCCGGCAGCUCAUCCGCUGGACGGCCGAGCAGGACGUCAACGCCGUGUGGGAGCAGCACGUGCGCGUGGGCCAGUGCACGCGCGAGAAGUUCCAGCAGCAACAGGGUCAGACGCAGAAGCCUAAGAAGCCCAAGAAGAAGCGCUGCGCCGCCGACGGCUGCCGCGAGGUCCUGCUCACGUCCAACCAGUUCCACUGCACCAAGUGCAGUCAGGACGUGUGUCUCAAGCACAGGUUCGAGGCGGACCACGCCUGCGAGAGCAAGCGCCAAGCGCAGCGGCAGCAGUGGCUCGGCGGCUUCUACAGCAAACCCAGGAGCUCCAGCACCGCGAGACCCAGGCAGGCGUCGGCAUCAACGUCGAUGCUCCAGAAGAACGCACAGCAGGCGGCGGCAUCCGUGGUCAGCGGCACCAAGUCGGCCGUGUCUUCCUUGGUACAGAACGCCAAGGCUGCGGGCAGUGCCAUGAACGUCACCGCCACCUCGGAGGAGUGCCCCAUGUGUCAGCAGAAGUUCGCCUACGUCAGUCAGCUCAUUGCGCACGUAAAUCGUGCCCACCCGGACUCGUCCGACUCCAGGAGAGCUCCCGCUACUGCUGCUACGUCGCAGCCGGUUGCUCGCGCCGCUGCUACUGCUGGGGUCCCUGCAGGCAGCGAGGUCUGUCCGCAGUGUCGCGCUGUAUUCCCCAACCUGACCGCACUUAUCCAGCACGCCGAGACUGCGCACACCGGCGCCGUCGCUGCGGGACGUGCUGGUGGUGACCAGGAGAAGUGCAGCCUGAUGUAG